CCGAGGAAGAGGGCGGAGCGGUUCUCGGGGCGCGUCAUCGGAGCACCAUGGCGGAGCAGGGAGCUGGCGGCGACGGCCACUGGGGCGGCGACGGCGCUGCGCAGAGCGACCCAGCGCCUGAUGGCUGUAAAGUACAAGAAAAGAAAACUGCCCCCAGCCACCCCACUUCUACAGUUUCAGGACAAAAUAGCAGCCACUCAGGAAAUAAACCAGACCCUGCGCCCGUGCUGCGGGUUGACGACCGCCAGCGUCUGGCUCGGGAACGCCGUGAGGAACGAGACAAGCAGCUAGCUGCACGAGAAAUCGUCUGGUUAGAAAGAGAAGAGCGAGCCCGGCAGCACUAUGAAAGGCACCUGGAAGCGCGGAGGAAGAAGCUGGAGGACCAGCGGCUGAAGGAAGAGCGGAGGAGGGCUGCGGUGGAGGAGAAGCGAAGACAGAGGCUGGAGGAAGACAAGGAACGCCAUGAAGCUGUUGUCCGACGAACAAUGGAAAGGAGCCAGAAGCCAAGACAGAAAUAUAACCGGUGGUCCUGGGGAGGCCCUCUCCAUGGGAGCCACAGUAUCCACAGUGCAGAUCCAGACAGGCGGUCAGUUUCCACCAUGAAUCUCUCGAAACAUGUUGAUCCUGUCAUUAGCAAGCGGCUCUCGUCCUCAUCCGCAACUUUGCUAAACUCUCCAGAUAGAGCUCGCCGCCUGCAGCUCAGCCCCUGGGAGAGCAGCGUUGUAAACAGAUUGCUGACGCCCACACAUUCGUUCCUGGCCAGAAGUAAAAGCACAGCUGCCUUGUCUGGAGACACAGCGUCUUGCAGCCCCAUCAUCACGCCCUUCAAAGCUCCACACUCUAGAAAUCCCGUGGAUCGGCCAAAACUCUUUGUAACUCCACCUGAGGGCUCCGCACGAAGGAGGACCACUCACGGAUUAGCGAGCCAUAAAAGAGAGCGGGAAAGAGAACACAGCCCCUUCCACUUUCCCUCUGGCUUCCGAAGGACCCUGUCUCCAUCUAACCCCAAAGCAAGAGCUCCAGCUCCCGCCCGCCUUCGGCUUCCAUCCAAGUCCAUGCCUCAUUUGCCUGGCACACCCCGACCAGCAUCCUCCUUGCCUCCUGGCUCAGCCAAAGCUGCUUCCGCUCAGGCCCGUCCCUCAUCCCCCGGCAACAUCCGCCCUGUCAAGAGAGAAGUCAAAGUGGAGUCUGAGAAAAAAGACCCCGAGAAGAAGGUUGCCAGUGAGCCUCCGGUAAAGGGCAGAACACCGUUGGUGAAGGUAGAGGAAGUCACUGCUGAAGAGGGGACACCUGCGGAGCCAGCUGACCCUGCUGCUCCAGUCUCAGCCCCUGUUCCAAGCCCAACCCCUGCUCCAGCUCCAGACCCAGCCCCGAUCUCAACACCACCAUCUAUUGCGGCUGCCACUGUUGUUCCCAAGGCUUCUGCAGGCACCACUGACCCAGAAGAGGCAACGAGGCUGCUGGCUGAGAAGAGGCGGUUAGCCAGAGAGCAGAGGGAGAAGGAGGAGAGGGAGAGGAGGGAGAAGGAGGAGCUGGAGAGAAAAAAGAUAGAGGAAUUGUCUCGAAGGGUGGCUGAAGAGCGAAGUCGCCGGGAAGAAGAAUCCCGCAGGCUGGAAGCGGAGCAGGCCCGAGAGAAAGAAGAGCUGGCCCUGCGCCUGGCUGAGGAGGAACGGGAGCGGUGGGAGAGGGAGGAGGCAGAGCGCCUGCAGAAGCAGAAAGAAGAAGAAGCCCGAGCCCGGGAGGAGGCAGAGAGGGUCCGGCAGGAAAGGGAGAAGCAUUUCCAGAGAGAAGAGCAGGAGCGUCUGGAGAGGAAGAAGCGACUUGAAGAGAUUAUGAAGAGAACUCGGAAGACAGAGCCGGCAGACAAGAAAACUGCUGAACAAAGCAACGGCAACAUAACCAAGGGAGUGCUCACUGGAGGGGCAGAGGUAUCUGCACUACCACGUGUGACCUCCCCAGGAGAUGGAGAGUCUGCAGACAGCCCACAUGGAGUCACUCUACAGCAAUCAGAGGUGACCACAGAGAGUUCUCCAGUUUUGGAAAAGCAGCCAAAUGAAAAUGGAAUGUCUGUUCAAAAUGAAAACUUUGAAGAGAUCAUAAACUUACCUGCUGGAUCCAAGGCAUCCAGAUUAGAUUUAACCAACAGUGAGAGCCCAGAAAUUCCUUUGAAACCAAUUUUGGCCUUUACUGAUGAAGGGACACUUGGGCCCCUACCUCAGGUAGAUGGUGUGCAAACACAACAGACUGCAGAAGUCAUAUGAACAUUUCCUCUGAAGAACCAAAGCAAACAUUUUCUAUAAUUAAUGGAAUUUCAGGCUCCGAAGGAGCACCUCUCUCCAGUUUUCUAAAGAGUUCUUGACCAUCAUUUUGAAAAGACUUAUUAAAGCCAGCUAAAGACAACAGACUGGGCAGCUUUUCUAAUCGUUUCGCCAAUGUUCCUUAUCUCGAGACCUUGAGGUGGCUUUUCCAGUGUGUUCCUUCUUAGCAAAUCAAUAUUUUUCUGCAUACUUUUAAAAAAAGGCAUUUGACUAUAAAAUAAACUGACAAAGCUUGAUUUUUCACAGAGAUCUUUUCAUUUUUAAACUUCAAUAUAUAAAAUUGGCAAAAAUAAAUACCUUUUACAAUGUAAUACUUGAAAAUGAGUACCUCUUUGCUCUCCAAGUAGAGUAAAUGGGAGUUGUCUAAACAAACCUACUUGCGUAAAUGUUACUGCAAACGCUGUUUGUAGAAGCAGAAGAUGGCCAGGCCACCAGGCUCUCAUAGACACAGCUUGUACAUGGGCAUCCUGCAGAAGACCCAGCUGCCACAGUCUUUCCGAGACUACACCAACAAGGUUGAAAAUGUGAAAACUUUUUUUUUUCAGAGCAAGAAAGUAAUCUGCUGUCCUCUUAAGUAAUGUAUUUAUAAAAGCUCCUUUUUCCGACAGAUGAAUUAAACAAUGGCAAUGCGCGAAUAUGCUCUAGUAGAUACACUCCGGGGGAGACUCUUAGGACGGCACGGGCUAUCCCUCAAGUUUGUAUGUUGCUGCUGUCCCCGGUGACGGUGGGACUUAUCUCUUUGCCUUACGUGAUCACAAAUGAUGUGGGGGAAAUAAAUAUUUAAUAUUCUUUAGAUCAAAAAAGAGUUUGGUUCUGCUCGUUUCAGAGCAAUGGGAACAUGCUGGGAUGUGGACUGCGGGGGACCCGGACCUCCUUGGAUGUCCUUGGUCUGUGUGGUGUCCGUCAGCUCUUCGUCUCUGUCGUCCUUCUUCGCCUUUGCUGCUGAGCCCGGCUGUACAAACUUGCACUUUCAUUUGCUAAUAUAAAUUCAAUUUUAUUUUCCCACUUAAAAGACAACUAAUGAGGAAUGGAGAAGGGAUGCUGAGGGAAACGGUUUUAUGUGGAGUGUUAAUGGGAGAUAAAUUUCUACCACUAUGAUGUAUUGGUUUUAUACAAAGAACGAAUGAUUGAUCUAUAAGAUUUAAUGAGAGACUAUUCAUCUAUGGUAUUGUUUCUUUUAAAUCCAAGCACAUAAUCUUUACCAACAAUUUGUAAUUUGUUAAAACAUUAAUUUGUGCAGUUUUCCUAUUAUUCGGUUGUCCAUGUACAUCUAGAUACUGUAUUAAAAGAAAAUCUGUUCAA